GAGAACAGCUUAUCGUGCGAUCGGUAAGUUAGGUAGCCAUAGGUAAGUUACGGCAAAGUUGCACAUUAGCUGUUCGAGUCACACAGGCAGAGGACAAUAUGCUGUCAGCAAUCCUCCUGCGGGAUCUGCGUGUUAACCAUCAGCGUGUUAUCGCGACAUUGCGCAAAAUGUACUUAUUGGUUCGAAGUACCUAGUCAGCGAGUCUCAAUCCACUGUCACGUUUCAUUAUAUUACCUAGAGGAUAGCCUUCCCUUCUAUAUAGGUAGGAUGAUUGCGUAUAUCGCAACUUUUCCAUACCUCGACUUUUCUCUCCAUUUCUAAAUCAUCAAAAUCAUGUCACCGUCGAAAGUCUUCGUCACGACCGCCACCGGAGUCCAAGGGGGAGGAGUCGUACGAUAUUGUCUUCGUGAUGGGCAUAUCGUCUACGCUCUUGUCCGAAAUCCCUCAUCGCAGGCUGCCAAAUCGCUCUCAGAUCUAGGCGCAAAGCUGGUCGAGGGAUCCUUAGAAGAUGUAGAAUCUCUAAUCAAAGGGAUGCAGAACACGGACGCCGCGUUCCUUAACCUUCCCGGUAGCGGACCUCAAGGGAUGCCACCCAAUGUCGAGUACACGAAGAACUUUAUCAAAGCCGCUCACGCGGCCUCUGUACCCUGGAUUUUCUGCUCUACAGUCGUGAACGCUGGCCAGCACGAGUCCAUUCCCGGAUGGGGCCCGGACAAUCUAAUGUAUAAGUACUGGCUCGUCAAAGACGCGGUCGAGAAUCUCGUGCGGAGCUCCGGCCUUCAACGCUGGACUAUCCUUAGGCCAGCCACAUUCAUGCAAAACCUUCAACCACCGUCUAGUCAAUUCCUUUUCCCGGGUUUCGAUGAGCGAAGGGUCUUGAGGACGGCUUACGAUCCCGAAGCGAAAGUGGGCUGGAUUGACGGCGCGGACGUAGGAAAAGCGGUUGCGAAGGCUCUGUUGGACCCGGAUAAGUACUCGGGCAGGGAGAUCGAUCUCGCAGCCGAGAAUUUGACGAUCGGAGAGCUGGCUGAGGAGAUAGGAAAAGGUCUUGGGAAACCGGUUACUAUAGAGCCGUAUACAGACGAUGAACUUGCGAAGAUGGGACCUAGCGUUCAAAUCACGGCUCAGAGAUGGGCAAGCGAUGUGCCUACCGGUCUUUCUGCCGAGACGGCUGCUGUUGAGUUUGGGUUGACUUCGGUGAAGGAGUUCUUUGUUCGAGAUGGUCAGUUUUGAAAAGUUCUAGGCUCGACCGGGGCGUAGCAUUUCAGUGGUAUUACAACACAUCUCAGGAUCACCUUCGGUUCUCGGGGAGAUAAGUUGGGCCUGACUCCGAUGUUAUAUGAACGUCAAACUAGGUACCCUAAUCUCAUUUCCGGUCUAAGCGGUUCGUUUACUUGUAGGAUAAAGUGUAGUCUGGGUAACUUCGAAGCUAAACACCCAUUCGCCAGACCAUCAAGCUAACAAGAAUUACG